UCACAGAGGUAAGAAUGAUUAUGGCAUCAUGAAGGAAGAAGAGACUCUGGCAUCCAAGAGGAAGAAGAGAGUCUAUCAUCACAGAGGAAGUAGAGAUUGUGGCAUCACAGAGGCAUUAUGCUGCUUGAAGUAUUCCUGGUUCUGGGGACAGUCAUUAUCUACUUCUUAUUUUCCAAGAAGAAAGAAGAGACAUUGCCCUUCAAAGAUGGAUGGUGGGGCAAGGGACAAAAGCCUGACACUGAAGAAGAUACAACUAUUCGGCCAUUUAAGGUGGAAACUACAGAAGAAGAGCUGAGUGACUUAUUUAGGAGACUUGACCAGGCUCGGUUCACUGAGCCACUGGAGAACAGUUGCUUCCAUUAUGGGAUUAACUCUGUGUAUCUCAGGAAGGUUGUCUCCUACUGGAAAAACCAGUUCAAUUGGAAGAAACAAGUUGAAGUCCUCAACAAGUACCCACAUUUCAAAACAAAGAUUCAAGGCAUUGAUAUCCAUUUUGUUCAUGUAAAGCCUCCUCGUUUGUCUGAAGGCCAGUCUGCAAAGCCAUUAUUAAUGGUUCAUGGUUGGCCUGGCUCAUUUUAUGAGUUUUACAAAAUUAUCCCUCUCCUGACGGAUCCUGCAAGCCAUGGCCUCAGUGAUGAACACGUUUUUGAAGUCAUUUGCCCAUCUAUCCCUGGUUAUGGUUUCUCAGAAGCACCCCACAAAAAAGACUUUAAUUCUGUAAGUGCUGCUUCUGUUUUUUAUGAAUUGAUGCUCAGACUGGGAUUCAAUGAGUUCUAUGCCCAAGGUGGUGACUGGGGCUGGCUCAUCUGCACCAACCUGGCCCAAAUAGCUCCCAACCAUAUGAAAGGUCUCCAUUUAAAUCUAGCGUCGGUUUCGAAGAUGGGAUUCACUCACCUGCUCUCCAUUCUGCUGGGCCGCUACUUUCCAGGGCUCUUUGGUUUCCAGGAGGAAGAUAUUAGGCGGAUGUUUCCCUUCUUGGAAAAGGGGCUCUACAGGAUCUUGUCGGAGUCUGGCUAUGCUCACAUACAGGCUACAAAGCCGGAUACUGUUGGCUGUGGUUUGAAUGACUCUCCUGUAGGACUGGCUGCAUAUAUCCUGGAGAAGUUUUCUUCCUGGACUGAUAUGGAAUUCCAGAAUUUAGAGGAUGGAGGGCUAGAGAGGAAGUUUAACCUGGAUGAUCUGCUCACCAAUAUCAUGAUCUACUGGGUGUCAGGCUGUAUAGUCUCCUCAAUGCGUUUCUACAAAGAAAACUUGCAGAAGGGGAUAGGCACACAGAAACAUGAAAAGCUCACAGUACAAGUACCUACUGGCAUUGCCUCCUUCCCUAAUGAAAUCAUGCACACACCCCAGGCUUGGGCCCAGAAGAAAUACACCAAUAUAGUUUCCUUCCAUUUCAUGCCUCGAGGGGGCCAUUUCGCAGCUUUGGAGGAACCUGAACUUCUUGCUAAGGAUAUUCUGCAAUUUGUUGGGAAAGUAGAGAAAGAGCAACUUUGGAAAAAGAAAAGGGAAUAACUUCCCGUACAAACAGCAGGGUAAUUACUUUUAGCUUAGCACAUGUACAGGGCUUACUAAGUCUACUGUAAUCCAUGUAAUUAGAUCUUAUUACUGACCAGACAUGAGAGAGGACAGCAAGAAAAAUGGAGUAUAUCUCCAUGAGAUACUGUCAUAGGGACCUACUGAUUUUGGUUGUUUUUUGUUUUGUGGGGGGUUUUUUGUUUGUUUUUGUUUGUUUUUGUUUAGCUAGGCUAAGAAAGCAGCAGGAAGAUUACUUGGCUAUCUUCUAAAAUGUGUUCUGUAGUAUUCCUGACUCUUGCUUUGAGAUUAAAAUAUAGACCUUACAACAUAACUAACAACAGUUUAAUUGUUAUGAAAGGCUUUUUUUUUUUUUUUUCAUGGCAGCAGUAAAACUUGAGUUGCUGUAAGCAUGACGUUCCUCACAUAAAGAAUGGGGAGCAGCCUAGCAAGCCCUAACUUGCAUGAGUGCAUCAGGUAAUCAGCAUCAAUGAUCUACAGUACCUUUAAACGAGCCCCUUGCCUACUGCUGGCUGCCUUUCUCUUCCAGCCUGGGCUGUUAAGCAGCUUCCUGGCUGUGAAGAAGCUCAGCUCCUCUGUGCCAGGCUCCUGGGAUAGCACCAUGCAAAGAGCAGCUGGAACACACAGGUGCCUGUAGGUCGGACCAAAAGGAGGGGCUGGGUAGGAGUAAUUAUAGCCCAAGCUACCUCUGCACUGAGUUUGUACUCGUAACUUAAAUCAUAGCCCAGGGUAAGCUCGACACACUGUGGUUUUGCACGGCAUUGUAAAUACUCUUACUGAAGAAUAAAAAUUUGGUUAAUUUGAAAUUAAAAGAAAUUUGCAUUAAAAA